UCAUCUCUUCCUUCUUCACAAGUUCUGAACACACUAUCCUCCCCCAACCCCAUCCAACUGCCACCACCACCGGACCACCGCCACCGCACAUGGCCACCGCCGCCGUAUCACUUCUUCACCUUACUCGAAUUCCUCGAACCUUCUCUAUUCUUCCUUUCCUCCGUCCUCCUCGCUCGUCGUCUCUUACCUUUAAACGAACCUGCAAACCACCUCUCUGCUUCGGUUUCUUCCGUUCCAAUUCUCCACGAUAUUAUUCAGUUGUCUCUUCGAGCUCAUCAGACUGGAAUAAUCAUGUUGCAGCAGGUGAAGAAACAUAUGAUGUAAUAGUGGUAGGAGGUGGUCAUGCUGGCUGUGAAGCUGCUCUUGCAUCUGCUCGUUUAGGGGCAAAAACUCUUCUUCUAACACUAAAUAUCGAUCGCAUUGCAUGGCAGCCCUGCAAUCCAGCAGUUGGCGGACCUGCAAAGUCUCAACUUGUACAUGAAGUGGAUGCAUUAGGUGGUGAAAUUGGAAAGAUGGCUGAUAGAUGUUAUUUACAAAAGCGCGUUCUUAACGCCUCUAGAGGCCCUGCUGUUAGAGCAUUGCGUGCUCAAACCGAUAAAAGAGAAUACGCAAUCGAGAUGAAAAAGAUUGUAGAAAGCACUCCCAACUUGUCUAUUAGAGAAGCAAUGGUAACAGAUCUUUUACUGGGAACAAAUGAUGACGUCAAAGGCGUUCGCACAUUUUUUGGGAUGAAUUUCUAUUCAAGUUCUGUUGUUCUUACAACUGGCACUUUCAUGAGUGGAAAAGUUUGGGUAGGCAGAACAUCAAUGCCCGCUGGACGAGCUGGCGAAUCAGCUUCUCAUGGCCUUACCGAACAUCUACAGUCACUUGGAUUCGAAACUGACCGGUUAAAAACCGGGACACCUGCACGUGUUGACUCACGCACUGUCGAUUAUUCUGUGUUAGAGCCUCAACACGGAGAUGAAGAGGUGCAUUGGUUUAGUUUUGAUCCGACGUACCACAUUGAACGGGAGCAAAUGUGCUGUUAUCUCACCCGUACAACACAAGUAACUCAUCAGCUAAUAAAAGACAACUUACAUGAAACUCCUACUUAUGGAGGGUGGGUGGAAGCUAAGGGGCCUCGGUAUUGCCCUUCAAUUGAAGACAAGAUUGUGAGAUUCCAAGAUAAAGACUCGCAUCAAAUAUUUCUUGAACCAGAAGGCCGAACUGUACCUGAGCUCUAUGUGCAGGGUUUCUCAACUGGGUUACCUGAAAGAUUACAGUUACCGUUAUUGAGAACGUUACCAGGAUUAGAGAACUGUUCAAUGCUGAGACCCGCGUAUGCGGUAGAGUAUGAUUACUUACCGGCUCAUCAGUGCUCCAGGUCUCUUAUGACCAAAAAAAUUCAAGGGCUUUUUUUCUCUGGUCAAAUAAACGGAACAACAGGUUAUGAAGAAGCUGCUGCUCAGGGAAUUAUUUCGGGGAUAAACGCUGCUAGGCAUUCAGACGGGAAGCCGCUCAUUGUUCUUGAGCGGGAAAGCAGUUAUAUUGGUACUUUAAUUGAUGAUCUCGUUACCAAAGAUCUUCGAGAGCCUUACCGCAUGCUCACAAGCCGUUCAGAAUAUCGGUUAAUUCUUCGAUCUGAUAAUGCCGACAGCCGCCUCACACCUUUAGGUCAUGAAAUUGGUUUAAUAGACGACAAAAGAUGGUCAGCGUACCAAGAAAAGCAAGCCCGAAUCUCCAAUGAGAAAAAAAGAUUGAAAAGUGUCCGGGUUACAAGUGAAGAAUUAGUCAAUGAAGUUAGUCUUCUGUCUGGUCAACCGGUUAGGGAUCAUUCGACACUUGAAGGCCUGUUAAAAAAGCCGCAUAUUGAAUACAAACUGUUUGACAAACACGGGCUUGGAAACGUGGACCUGUCAAGGACGGAAAAGGAAUGCAUAGAGAUUGAUAUCAAAUACGAAGGCUUGAUUGCACGCCAACACAGCCAGUUGCAACAGAUGGUUCAUCGACAACAUAAGCCCCUUCCUGCCAACUUAGAUUAUCAUUCUAUGAACACUUUAUCGCAUGAAGCACGUGAAAAGCUAUCAAAGGUGAGGCCACAAACUAUUGGUCAGGCAAGCAGAGUUGGUGGGGUUAGCCCUGCUGACAUAACCGCACUCCUUAUUGUCUUGGAGUCGAAUCGCAGGAAAGCUCAAGAACUCAAGAGACACGAAACCUUGGCUUCUGUUAUAGCAGAGUCGAGCUGAAAACGAGCUCUUGCAUGUGAAUCUAUUUAUGAACUAGUUGAAUGAUUAUCGAUUUUUGUGUACAUAUGAGAUGAUUUUGUUGUCAUUUUACAGGGAGGGAAGGUUAGUAAUUUGAUAGGAUUAUUUGGAUAUUGAAAUAGUGAAAUGAGAAUAUAUACAUAUGUAUAUGUAACAUGUAAUAUUGUAAAAUACAUAUAUCGCGAAUUCUAAUC